GAGUCUGACCUGGUUGUACAAAGUCCAGAUGACGACAAUCUGUUCGCCCUGGUAUGAUUCAAGCAAUGAUAACAUGUGAAUAUGGAGCGUACAAUACAUUCAUUCCUGAUAUUGUUCGUGCUUUUGGAAAAUAUCCUCAUACCAUCUUAUGUGAUCGACGCCACAAACGCCGCCAGAGCGGCAACAGGUCACAGUCGAAGAACUUCAAAAUUGAACAAUGUGCCUCACAACCAAAUUUCCGACGUUCAAGCUGGUCAUAAUGAUUCAGAUUUGGCCAAAUGGAAUCCAUUUUCGAAUAUCACGUCGAAUGGCAGUGCGCCUUAUGAUGCACUUGGAAUGAAUGAAAGAGAACAUGGGAUGACAUCUGAUUCCAUGGCGGCAAGAUUGUUUCGCGACUUCAAACAGGUAGAUACGAUGCGAUACGUGAGACCAAUCAGUCAGAGCAGCACUGGAGAAACACGCAUCAACGUCUCUUUGUCGCUUCUGAAAAUAAAUGAUAUGGUUGAUAAAGACGAGAAACUCACAACAACAGUUCGACUCAAAGUUGAAUGGUUCGAUGACCGGCUUCGUUGGAACAAGACAACGUACGGAGGUUUAGAAAUCAUGCAUUUACCAGGUGACAUGUUGUGGAUGCCUGAACUUGAACUUAUGAAUGGGUUUGGUUAUACCCAUAUUGACAUCU